CACUGUUUACGUGAAGUGAUUCCUUGGCAGCGAGACUCUGCUGACUAAUUAACUCCAGCAGAUGGAGGGAGCAGAUCUCUCUCUUCCUCUUUCUCUCGUUCCAUUUCUCUCUACGUCUGUCUCUCUCUCCGUCUGUCUCUCUCCCCGUCUGUCUCUCUCUCUCUUUCCACCCUGUGUGUUCCCUCAUGCCCCAUUUGGAGUGGACAACACAUACCUGCUUUUGUGUCUCCGCUGCGUGAGUUUGACUGAGUGUGAGCGGUAGGCGUCUCUACUGAGUGUGAGGCUUUGAGCGGUAGCUGAGCAGACUGCAGGACACAUUUUCUCCCUGUCAGCUUGUCUCUAAGCGGACUCACUGACUGGAUCACCCCACUGAUUCCCCACCUACAGGGUGACCAUACGUGGGCGACCAUGUUGGGCCAGAGUGUCCGUCUGCAGCCAGUACCCAUCCAGAGCCUGUCUGAGCUGGAGAGAGCCCGGCUGCAGGAUGUGGCCUGCUACCAUCUGGAGAAGAGGGACCUGGACUUCAACAUCAGCAUCCCCAGAGAAAUCCGCAAGAGGAGGAAAUCACUCAGACGGAGUUUGACUCCUCCAAAGAGAAGAAAGGAAAGAACGAGAGACAGCCGCCAAGGCGUUUGGUAUAUCCCUCUCCCAGGCGAUAGCCAACGACCGGGCGUACAAGCAGCGCCAGGAUGCUCUGAAGGAGAGCAGAAGAGACUGUCUGGAUCUGGAGGCCAGCGUCCUGAUGUUCCGGGCUGAAAAACGGCAGCUUAGCGACGGGAACAAACCCCUCUGCAGCACGGCUUCACCACCCUUCAGUGGAUCUACGGCUUCAUCUUCCUCAUCCUCGUCAGUGCUGGAGCUGCACAGCAACCCACUGUCACCCAGGUUUCUGGAUAACACGGCUAGAGUGCAGAGACGGGGUGGCCUAUCAGUGGACUGCAUCUCAGAUCUUGUAGAGAGUCAGUCCCGCCUGUUGGAGGCGCUGCAGCUGUCCCACCCUGCAGAGCUGGAGCUGAAGAAGACUGCAGCCGGAGCCGGGGGGCGGACCCAGACCAAGCUCAGCCUCAACCCCAUCUAUAAACAGGUCCCCCGCGUGGUGGAACGCUGCUGCUGUCACAUAGAGAGACACGG